GAGCUGGGUGUUUGCUGUUGACACAACAAUCUGAAUUAUGCCUUGCUCUCUGAAAGGACAAAUGGACCUGCCAUUCCCUAGGUUUCACAGAAGCUGCCUGACUUGUAACAAGUUGCCAUGACGAGCCAGUCUCAGGGAAUCCACCAGCUCCUUCAGGCAGAGAAAAGGGCCAAAGACAAGCUAGAGGAAGCCAAAAAAAGAAAAGGGAAACGAUUGAAGCAAGCUAAGGAAGAAGCAAUGGCAGAAAUUGACCAGUACAGAAUGGAGAGAGAUAAGGAGUUUCAGCUGAGACAAUCUAAGAUAAUGGGCUCUCAGAGUAAUAUCUCAGAGGAAGUAGAAGAACAAACACUGCAGAAGAUACAAGAGAUGAGUAGAAGCUACAACAAGUAUAUGGAAAGUGUGCUUAAACAGCUUUUGAGCAUGGUAUGUGAUAUGAAACCAGAAAUCCACAUAAACUACAGAGUCACCAAUUAAACAUACAUCAUACUAUGUGAUAAUUGUGUAGGUGCCUCCUGCUUGCUCGUAGCUUUAUUUUUGCACUAAGGAAUUUAAAUGUUAAUCUUUUUUGGAUAUAUACAAACUGCAAUGUGACAUAAUUCACAUGUAGGCACUGAAUUAAACAUAAAUAAAUAAAACUGUUGCUUCAUCAUUCCUAAUAUUAGUUAUGACUUCAUCAUCUAACUUGGAGAAAGACAAGAAUACACAAUAAUACAUUUUUUGAUACAUGAAAAGAAAAUUAUUUUGAUAGCCUUUUUAUGUUUUUUCUUCAUUUCUUCUUCAAUUUAGAAAAUGUGUUCGUAGGUGUGGUUGUUUAAAGAUAAUUUUAAGCUGGGGAUAUAGGUCAGUGGCACAAGCACCUGCCUGGCAAGGACAAGAUCCUGAGUUUGAUUCCUGGUACCAAAAAAAAAAAAAAAAUGAUUUUAAACGAAAUAAUUUUAACUCAUCUAAAAUGACUGUGUCAAGGAUUUUAUUGAUCUUUAAUCAAUGAGAAAACUAUAAGACAUCAUUGUUAAUUCAAAAAGCAAUUCUAAAAGUGUGUAUAGAAAAAGAGACAGAGAAUUAAUGGGUUAUAUAAUCAUGGUAAGAGAAAUGGGUUCCAUAACUACUUUAUGCACUACUUCAACUGUCAAGAGAUUAUUUUUUCAAGUAUAUUUUAAAGCAAAAUAAUAAAAGAUGAGCUGAUAGCA